AUCAUUUUUUUUAGAUUCUCUACAAAAAGAUUUGUGCACACGAAGCAGGAAGACAGAAGUUAGGCAUUAGUGGAUAAUUAUUCGUGAUUAAAUAGUAUUAUUUUAAUUAAAAGAAGGCCUUUAAAUCAGUAAAUUAUGAUUAAUUUUCGUAUGCCUAUUUUUCUUUUAUUCUUUUGUGUUUCUUUGCACAAAGCCGAAAUUCUCGAUGAUCAUACUGCGGGCAUAUGUUGUACUCCUGAAUGCGAUUUUGUCGCUUUCAUACUUUCUCAGUAUAUGGACCCUACUGUAUCACCAUGUGAAGACUUCAACAAGUUUGUCUGUGGUACUUUUUUAAAUAAGACUAUUAUUCCAAAAGGCAAAAGACGGGUCGACAGAUACGAUAUUGUGGAGGAGAAAAUUGCGGAGCAAUUAAAAGCUAGCCUUGAAGAAGAAACUCAACCCAAUGAACCAAGAUGGCUUACACUUGUGAAAAGUUAUUAUAAUUCUUGCACGAACACAGCUGAGAUUGAAAGAAAUAGUCUUCGUGGAGUACUAAGUGAUAUAAAAGAAUUCGGUGGUUGGCCGGUACUGGAAAAAUUGUGGAAUGCAUCAAAAUUUGAAUGGAAAAAUUCCACUUAUAAUAUGCAGAGACUCGGAUAUGGGACGAAAUACUUCUUCACUUUCCAAGUUAUAACUGACCCUUUAAACAAACAAAAACGUGUUCUUAAUAUCGACCAACCCACCUUUCUUAUUGGUCGUGAAUUUUUAGUAAAAGGUCUGAAUGACCCGACGGUCUCUGCCUACUUCGAUUUUAUUGUUGACAUAGCAGUCCUUUUUGGGGCGAAUAGAAAGACUGCAGAGAUCGAAUUAAAGGAAUCCCUCCGGUUUGAAAUAAAUCUAGCCAUGAUCUCCCAAAGUGAAGGCGAUACAAGUAAUGAAAUUGCUCUCAAUAAUCGAAUGACUGUGACAGAUCUAUCUUACAACAUCACGAGUAUUCCCUGGCAGGAAUACUUCAACAAACUGUACUCAGCUAUUGAAUCUAAGAUCGUAAUUGACGACGAUGAACCAAUAAUAGUGGGCUCGACUAGUUUUUUCCAAAAUUUUGAAAACCUGAUAAACAAUACACCAAAAAGGGUGCAAGCUAAUUACCACAUAUGGAGAGCAGUUCAGGAUGACUUAGAGUAUUUAUCUGAAAAAUUUAGGGAACGACAAUUGGAGUUCACAAAUAUGAUCAACGGUGAAAAGAAAACACAAGACAGACGAAAGGUCUGCCUUGAUGAGACACUUGAGACGUACCUAAAAUUGAGUGUUGGUGCUUUAUAUGUCAGGAAGCAGUUUAGUCCAGAAUCGAAGAAAAGUGCAGAAGAAAUAGAAUUUGCUAUUGAAAGGCAGUUUGAGAAAAUAAUAUUAGAGGCUGACUGGAUGGACGAAAUAACAAGGCUAAAUGCUUUAAACAGACUUGCAUCUAUGAACAGUUUUAUUGGAUGUCCGAAUGAAUUAUUCGAUGACAAUAUUCUUAACGAAUUCUUCGAAAAGGCUGAAGCAUCCCCGAAUGACUAUUUUCAAGCAGUAUCAACCAUUGCUGUUUUUAGUUAUAACUAUGAUUUCAAUCUAUUAAGGGAGCUGGUAGACACAACACACUGGACUCUUCAUUCCGAAACUUAUAAUGUAGGCCCUGUCUUCAAUUAUGAUGGAAACGGCCCUGAUUGCCCUGCUGGAAUUCUACGGGAUGUUUUUUUCAAAAGGCAUGCGUUGAGAUACAUGAACAUGGCUGGCAUUGGUUCUUUUAAUAUAGGGCAAAUCAUGACUUUUCUAUUUACUGAUAUUGAUGCCUAUAUGACUCCAGAAACGAAAAACAUAUAUCUUGCGAAAGCUGAUUGCAUUACUAAACAGUACAGCAGUUAUACUGUUGAAGAAGUCGGUCUUAAGGUGAAUGGUACUUUAACGCAAAUAAGCAACAUUAAUGACAACGCAGGACUAAAAUUAGCAUACGGAGCAUAUCAAGAGUGGGCAGAACGAAACCCACCUGAACCCAAAUUGCGCGGAUUAACAGGUUAUUCAAUACCACAGAUUUUCUGGAUUCUUGCCGCUCUCCAACAAUGUGACAAAUACACACCAGAAUUUUUGAAGGAAAUUGUUGAGACAAUUGACAUUAGUCCAUCAGGAAUCAGAAUCAUAGGUACAGUGUCUAACAGUCCAGAAUUUGCAAGAGACUUCCAUUGUCCGCCUUGUUCCAAAAUGAAUCCAUCCAAUAAGUGUUCCGUGUGGUGAACCAUUAUUCGAAAUGAAUAUUUCACUGUUGAAUGACUUUUUAAAUUUACUACUUAUUUUAAAUGCACUGUUAUUGUCGAUUCAAAUUUCUGUUUAAAUAAUCUUUGUACACACAGCCACUUAACUAUUUUGGGUCAUUUGUUGUAUCCAAAUUUACUUACGAGGAUAUAUGCUUUUUAAGUAAUGCUUGUCUUGUUGUAAGAAUACACUUAAGGUCAGGUUUGACUAUAAUUUUAAUAAUAAUGAAAAUUAAUUAUUUUUCGAA